UUUCUUAUCCCUGCCCUAAAUGUGGAGUAUAUGCGUUCAUUUAUGAGCGUGGAUGAGAAGGAUAUUUACAUAGGCAUGUAGCCAGGAAACUGUGUUGUGUUUUCAAGAGAUAUGGUCCUUUGAGUGGGGUGAAGGGGAAUGGUUCUUUUGGGCCUUCCCCUGCAUCACUUUGUAUGGUAAGCAUAAAACUCUGCACCUGGAAACUAGAUGGUGGAGGGGGUUGGAGAGAGACAGAAGGAGAUUGAUUUUAUGCAAGAGCAUGUCAUGGAUUUUAAAUGCUGUCUCUUUCAUUUAAGCUUGCCAAGAUGUCAGUCUCUGGGAAAAAGGAAUUUGAUGUGAAACAAAUCUUGAGGCUUCGCUGGAGGUGGUUCAGCCACCCCUCUCAGAAUGCCACCGGCACCGGAGUCUGGCUGCAACAGGAAGGAUAUGAUCUUCGAGGGACCUCGGUUCAGAACAGGCUGAAGAGCCACCCGUGGGACAGGGGUCGGCUGAAGAAAAACAGCGGCCCUAUUCAUCCCAGCCUCUUGGCACCAGGACCCAGCCUGACCCCUGUGCCCCAGCAGCCGGCGUCUACCUGCCGCCAGGAAAACCUUCGCGCACCUCCGCAAGUGCCCGAGCAGACGCCGAAAACGGGCAGCCCGGAUCUGGGGGUGAAAGGAGACGGCCUCAAAAGCAGCCAGGAGCUUCAGAUGAUUACAGAAGAGGACAGCAACGAGCCGGUCGAAAGGUUAUCGGUGAGCAGCUGCUCCACUUCUAUGGGAGUGAACAAUAAUGGAGCUGAUACCUAUUUUCAUUCCACAAACCACGCUGAGCAAACUUUCCGCAAAAUGGAGAAUUACCUGCAGCAGAAACAGCUCUGUGAUGUUCUUCUCAUUGCUGGAGACCACAAGAUUCCCGCUCACAGGCUGGUUCUGAGUGCUGCGUCUGAUUAUUUUGCUGCGAUGUUCACCAACGAUGUCCGUGAAGCAAAGCAAGAGGAAAUCAAAAUGGAAGGUGUGGAUCCUGGCGCAUUGAAAGACCUUGUGCUCUAUGCCUACACUGGCAUCCUGGAGCUAAAAGAAGACACCAUUGAGAGCUUGUUGGCUGCAGCUUGUCUCCUUCAACUUUCACAAGUCAUUGAGGUCUGUUGCAAUUUUCUCAUGAAGCAACUUCAUCCUUCAAACUGCUUGGGAAUCCGAUCCUUUGGAGAUGCUCAGGGAUGCUCAAAACUCUUGCAAGUGGCCCAUGUUUACACGAUGGAACACUUCACUGAAGUAAUAAAGAACCAGGAGUUCCUCUUACUUCCUGCUGGUGAAAUUGCCAAACUCCUUUCCAGUGAUGAUAUUAAUGUUCCAGAUGAAGAAUCAAUCUUCAAGGCGUUAAUGAUGUGGGUUCAACAUGAUUUAGACAAUAGGCAACGGGAUCUUGGGAUGCUUCUGUCUUAUAUAAGGUUGCCCCUCCUUUCUCCAGAGCUUUUAGCUGAUUUGGAAAACAGUCCCAUGUUUACGACUGAUCUUCAGUGCCAGAAACUCUUAAUGGAAGCGAUGAAAUACCACCUGCUACCAGAAAGGAGAUCAAUGAUGCAGAGUCCCCGUACAAAGCCCAGGAAGUCCACCGUUGGCUCUCUUUAUGCUGUGGGAGGCAUGGAUGCUGCUAAAGGCACCACCACAAUUGAGAAAUAUGACUUGCGAACAAACAGCUGGAUACAAAUUGGAACCAUGAAUGGGAGACGGCUGCAAUUUGGAGUUGCCGUGAUCGACAACAAACUCUAUGUUGUGGGAGGGAGAGAUGGCUUGAGGACGUCUAAUACCGUUGAAUGUUUCAAUCCAAUAACUAAAGUCUGGACUGUGAUGCCUCCAAUGUCAACCCAUAGGCAUGGCUUAGGGGUAGCAAUGCUUGAAGGACCAAUGUAUGCUGUUGGGGGCCACGAUGGAUGGAGUUAUCUUAACACAGUUGAAAGAUGGGAUCCCCAGGCCCGACAGUGGAAUUAUGUGGCAAGCAUGGCAACUCCAAGGAGUACUGUGGGAGUUGCAGCUCUGAAUAGCAAGUUGUACGCAGUCGGAGGGCGAGAUGGUAGCUCCUGCCUGAAAUCCAUGGAGUGUUUUGAUCCCCACACCAACAAAUGGAGCGUCUGCAAUUCAAUGUCCAAAAGACGUGGAGGAGUUGGUGUUGCAACCUACAAUGGGUUUCUGUAUGCUGUGGGAGGCCAUGAUGCACCCGCCUCAAAUCACUGUUCUCGACUUACCGAUUGUGUAGAAAGAUAUGAUCCCAAAACCGACACUUGGACUACUGUAGCACCUUUGAGUGUUCCUCGAGAUGCUGUUGGCAUUUGUACUCUUGGAGAUAGAUUGUAUGCAGUGGGUGGCUACGAUGGACACACCUAUUUGAACACAGUAGAAUCUUAUGAUGCCCAAAACAAUGAAUGGACAGAGGAAGUUCCAGUCAAUGUGGGAAGAGCUGGAACCUGUAUCGUAGUUGUAAAGCUUCCCUGAUGAACAUUUUCAGGUGUGCAUCGAUAGACAAGCACAGCUCCUCAAAGCAACCCUGAUAGAAGGGAAGAGCUGGUAUUUUUGAACAGAAAGCCUCUUCAUGCUGCUUUCAUUAUUGAAGAAGCCACAGGCGUGUGGUGAUGGGAGACCGAAGCAUGGGAAAAAGCAUUUCUCUAAAUUCCAAAGACAGACUCUCAGGGGUUCAAUCAUCAUGGUGAUUGAAACCUCAUUUCAGAGGGCAGAGCUGGGUACAUUGUGUGCUUUUAUUUUAUUUUAUUUUAUUUUAUUUUAUUUUAUU